AUGAGUCAUGAAUCCACUAAACUUGACAAUGAAAAAUUCCAAAAGGAAACUUGGGAAAUGAUCCGUAAUCAUUUAAAUGCAGUAUUGUCACAUAUUGAUGUAUCAAAGACUAAAAAUGAAGAAUAUAUAAUUCAGACCAUGGAAGAUAUUCUCCAAGCUAAUAUACUUCUGGGUAAAGAUAUUUUUAUUAGUUUGCUGAUAGAAUACCAACGCCAAUACAAUGCACCUGAAUUUUUCACUAUUCUAAUUAAGAUAAUUAAUAGUGAAUUGCCAAAUGUAGGCCUCGAUUGUUCUAAGGAAUUAACAUCUAGGUUUAUUGAAAAAUACAAUAAGGAGCCUCAAUCUAGGCGAUCUCUAUUUACAAUGACUACGUUUCUUUGUGCUUUAUUUAAUUAUGAGGUAAUUCACGAAAUCGUUCUCUUACAAUUAUUACAUUUGUUAUUACAAGAUAUCAAUGAUUUUUCUAUUCAAAUAAUUAUUGAAAUAUUAGAAAAAUCAGGUAAAAAAUUAUUAGAAGUAAGUAAAACUGCUCACAAUAUGAUAUUCGAAAAACUUCGGGAAAUUUUACAGUCGAACGAAUUUGGAUCAUCACCUGAUAUGAUUAAUGAGAAACUUGUAUCACUAUUUGAUAAGAGGAGAUUGAACUACGAAUCAGUUGCACGUUUAUUUUAUCCAGUGGUUCUUUCGAAGUUGUCACCGCAAUCCCCUCAUUCGUUUAUGCUAAAUGACCUUUCCACCAUGAAAUCUUCCACUUUAGACCAGUUUCAAUUACAUUCAGAUUAUCUCCAAUUACAGAAGGAUUAUGACAUAUUACAUUCUCGACUUUUACAGCAAAUUUCUUCCAGUUCAGAGGAGGAACAAUCUUCCAAAGUAGCGGAACCUUUGAAAGAUAUGACUGCCAAAUCAGAAAUUGAAUUUAAGAAGAAAAUAUACCUAAUAAUAAAAAGUUCUCUUUCAGCAGAUGAAGCUGCUCAUAAAUUAUUGAAAUUACGUAUACCAGAUGAUAAAAAAUUUGAAAUUGUAGAUAUCAUAAUCAACUCGUCCUUACAGGAUCCAACAUACUCUAAAUUCUAUGGCUUAUUAUCAGAAAGGUUAAUAUCGGCCCAUUCUCGUUCAUGGAUUCCUGCAUUCCACUCAAUAUUUGUGGAGAAUUGGAAAAAUACUGAAAAUUGGGAACCUAACCAACUGAGAAUCCUAGGUAGAUAUUGGGGUCACUUAUUAGCCGUCGAAUCCAUUGGUUUUGGGGACACUUUAGGAAUAAUCCAUUUAAAUGAUGAAGAAACAAACGCUUCUAAUAGAGUCUUUUUUAAAUUUUUGUUACAGGAACUGGUAGCUGAAAUGAGUAUAGAUAAGAUGAAAACUACUAUGGAUGAAUUAAAGGAUCAACUGGAGGGACUAUUCCCUACAGAGGACAUUGAACAUAUGAGAUACUCCAUUAAUUAUUUUACGGCAAUUGGUUUAGGUAUACUAACUGAAGAUAUGAGGGAACGAUUAGAUACCAUUCAAGAGGAAGAGCAAAAAGUAUUAUUAGAAUUGGAAGAACAAAGAAGAAAGGAGGAGGCAGAAGCAGCUGUAACUGCAGAAACGGAAGGAAAAGAAAGAAUAAUAUCAGAACAGGAAUCAAAACAAGGGUCACUGCCGAUCGAAAAGAGUAUAAUGAUGACAAAAGAGGAAGCUGGAAAACCUCGUGCUUCUAGAUAUAAUCCUAACCAAAUUGUGCCACCCAAGAGAAAGCGUGAAAGAUCGAUAACACCCCCAAGGAAGAAAGGCUGGGGAUCAAGUAGAAACAGAAGUCGGUACCAAAAUACCCAGAACCAGGCAGGCAUUAACUCAAGGGGUACACCUAAGUCUACUGAACGAGAAAAAAAUAAAGUAUUACUAAAAUAUUAA